AUGCGUUCGCUCGUGAUGCAAUUUCGGAUAGUUUUAAUAACAUGUUUGGUCUACAGCGUGUGCGUACAGACACAAGAUAUAGGACAGGAAAUAACGUUAGGGAUAAAGCAUGAGUGUGAGGGAGAGUCACAGGAGGUCUGUCAUACAACCAAGCGAUAUCAUUUUGUGACCAUUUUUAAGGCAAACUUUUUCAAAGCACAUCAAUAUUGUCAAUUGCAUAAUUUGGAGCUCUUGACGAUAGACUCGAAGGAUGAGGAAAUAGCCUUCUUAAAUCUAUUAAAUAGCAAAGAUUUUAUCCACAAAUCUGCAAAAGAUUUCUGGACGAGCGGAACCGACUUAGGAAAUGAAGGACACUUCUUCUUCCUGUCAAAUGGAAAAUCUGUUGACGAACUCACGUGGGCGCAUGGGGAACCAAAUAAUGCCAAGAAGAGUGACAGUAAUGAGACUGAGAACUGCAUGUCCUUCACAAUGAAUGAGAAUUUAAAAUUCUUUCGUCUCUUUGAUCGCUUCUGUAGCAUGAAAUUUUAUUUUAUAUGUCAAGAGACUCGACAGAGGCGAAGAAGUAACGUCGCAACUUCUAAUUAA